AUGUCUUCCAGCUCCAUCAGCAAAAGGAUCUACAUUCCCAAAUUCUACGCUGAUGUAAAUAUCCAUAAGCCCAAAGAAUAUUAUGACUAUGAUAACUUGGAGCUACAAUGGAACAAGCCAAAUCGGUACGAAAUUAUGAAGAAGAUAGGAAGGGGGAAAUAUAGCGAAGUGUUUAAUGGGUAUGACACGGAGUACAACAGACCCUGUGCAAUAAAAGUAUUAAAACCGGUGAAGAAAAAAAAAAUAAAAAGAGAAAUCAAAAUAUUGCAAAACCUACAUGGAGGACCAAACAUUAUCAAGCUGUUAGACAUAGUCAAAGAUCCAGUCACGAAGACUCCUUCUCUCAUUUUUGAAUACAUUAAUAACAUCGAUUUUAAGACCCUCUAUCCGAAGUUUACCGAUAAAGAUAUACGCUACUAUAUUUAUCAGAUUCUGAAGGCGCUAGAUUAUUGCCAUAGUCAGGGCAUCAUGCAUAGAGAUGUGAAGCCACACAACAUAAUGAUUGAUCAUGAGAACAAGCAAAUUAGACUCAUCGAUUGGGGAUUAGCUGAGUUUUAUCACCCUGGACAAGAAUACAACGUGAGAGUAGCGAGCAGGUAUUACAAAGGACCAGAACUUCUCAUCGAUCUGCAGCUGUAUGAUUAUUCUCUAGAUAUUUGGAGUCUAGGAUGUAUGCUUGCUGGCAUGAUAUUUAAGAAGGAACCUUUUUUUUGUGGCCAUGAUAAUUAUGAUCAACUUGUAAAAAUUGCCAAAGUGUUAGGCACGGAUGAUCUUCAUGCGUACUUAAAAAAAUACAAUAUAAAAUUGAAGCCCCAUUAUUUAAACAUCCUGGGAGAGUAUGAGAGGAAACCCUGGUCUCACUUCCUCACUCAGUCCAACAUCGACAUCGCCAAGGAUGAGGUAAUUGACCUCAUUGAUAAGAUGCUUAUUUACGACCACGCCAAGAGGAUUGCCCCCAAGGAAGCCAUGGAGCAUCCCUACUUCAGUGAGGUCCGCGAGGAGUCCUGA